AUGACUCAAGCUAGUGUUGGAGGAAGCCUGCAAGAGGAUCUUCAAGAGGCAACCUUGGUUGGAAACACAAAUGGUUUUAAGGCUAAUAUGAAUAGUGCUCUUCAAAUUUCAUCAUCCCAGAGGGGACUUCUAGGUGAUGAAAGCCUUCAUACAAGGAAAUCAAGAAUGUUGGCAUGUAUUGCCAAUAUAUUUAAACUGCAGAGAUUCAUACCCCAUGCUAAUUUCAAAAAACCUUUCAAUGGAUUUUGUGCAAUGAAGAUUGAUUGGACUUCUCUCUGGAGUAUCAGCAUACAAUGGAUUAAGAAUCCUUUAAACAUGGCCCUUCUUUCAUGGAUAAUUUGUGUUGCUGUCUCAGGAGCAAUUCUUUUUCUUGUUAUGACCGGAAUGUUAAACAAAAUCCUUACAAAGAAGUCACAGAGGAACUCAUGGUUUGAGGUCCACAAUCAAUUUCUCAAUGCUCUAUUUACUCUCAUGUGUCUGUACCAGCAUCCAAAGCGGUUCUACCAUCUUGUACUUCUUUGCAGGUGGAAACCAAAGGACAUCACAAUCCUCAGAAAAAUAUACUGCAAGAAUGGCACUUGCAAGCCUCAUGAAUGGUUCCACAUGAUGGUGGUUGUGGUGCUACUCCAUGUCAAUUGCUUUGCUCAGUAUGCAUUGUGUGGCCUUAACUGGGGUUUUAAUAGAUCUGAAAGACCUGCUAUUGGUGUUGGUAUAUGUAUCUUCAUUGCAAUUGUUGCUCCAGCACUUGCAGGCAUUUACUGCAUUGUCAGCCCUCUAGGCAAGGAGUAUGAAGCUGAUGAAGAAGCACAGAAUCAUGCUCCUACUUCUACUGCAUUUGCAUCAAGAAAUUAUCAUAGCCUUGUUGAGUACACACCUCAAUGGAAAGGUGGACUAUUUGAUCUUUUGGACAAUGUUUAUGUGGCUUAUCUUACUCUCUUUUGUAGCUUUUGUGUCUUUGGAAAGAAUAUGGAAAGACUUCAUUUUGGUAACAUGUAUGUCCAUAUAGCAACUUUCCUCCUCUUCUGCAUGGCUCCCUUUUGGAUCUUUCAUCUGGCAACCUUGAAUAUUGAUGAUGAUAUUGUUAGAAGAGUUAUGGGGUUGAUAGGUAUAUUGCUUUGUGUGCUUGGUUUACUCUAUGGUGGGUAUUGGAGGAUCCAAAUGAGGAAAAGAUUUAACUUGCCACCAAAUAAACUUUGUUGUGGGAAGCCAGCAGUGACAGAUUGCAUUCAAUGGCUAUUUUGUUGCUGGUGUUCUCUUGCACAGGAAGUUAGAACAGCUGAAUUCUAUGACAUAGUUGAUGACAAAUUUAUCUGCAAGAAACACACUGAAAGCUGUGUUCAAUCAUUGCCUCCUGAAGACAGAGUUCCUCAAGUUAGAUCAAUGUCCACUUCUUCACUUCGGGGCAGUCCUAGGUUGUCCAAAAUCUGGUCUGAAGAGUCAAAUGUUGAGUUUUCUAGGGAAAGAAAGCAAAACGUUAUGGAAGUGCCUAUUCCACUGUCUAUUCAAAUUGAAGACAGUUACAGCAAAAGACAUAAAGAGAAACCUUGA